GCGAGUCAGAGCAUGUUGUUGGUAUAAUAGUGAGCUUCCAAGAAACUGUGCGCAGCUCAAACAUCUGUCUCACCCUGCUUUUAUAAGCAGUUCCUCAACACACACACACACGCACGCACACACACACACCUCUCCGUAGCUUUCAGAGGACCGGGCAUUCGUCUCCUCCAUUCUGAGCAAUGGCAGAUAAGGAACUUUCCAAAGUCCGCGGCAAAUUUGUGGAGAAGGUGUCAAAGCCGAUACUCAAGCAGCUCCUGGACGACCUUCUCGAGGAUCGUUUGUUGAACGAUGGCGAGGUGGAGUCUGUGCUUGAGGACAACACCAACAAAGCAGACAUGGCGCGCUGCCUCAUCGACAUUGUGAGGAAGAAGGGCACCAGAGGCAGCAAGAUGCUGAUCGACCACAUUAAAACCAGAGAUGAAGCGCUGCACGCCGAGCUGUUCCCUGAUUCACAGGAUCAACCGGAUGUAGCUUCUCCGACAAACAAAACCUGGUCAAACAGACUCAUCCCCGUGUCUGACUCUGAGAGGACGAAAAAAAUGAAUGAUCCAGAUAUUUACAAAGUGUCUGAUAAGUCUCUGAAAAGCCGUGUGGCCCUUUUGAUCACCAAUAGAAACUUUACUGACGACAACUUAACCAGAAAGGGAGCCGAGAAAGACGAGGAGAACAUGUUGAAUCUGCUCAGAUCCCUGCAGUACGAGGUGGUGAAGCACAACGACCUCACAGCAAAGGAGAUUGGCAAGGCUCUGCUUGAAUUCACAAGACACCCCAAACUGAAAGAAACCGACAGCGUGUUCGUGGUGAUCAUGUCUCACGGAAAACGGGGAUUUGUACUCGGAGUCGAUCACAAGAUAGACAAACCAGACGAAUUCCCCAUUGACACAAUCUACAAAUACCUCGGCCCAAACAAAUGCUCCGAACUGAUGGACAAACCCAAGGUCAUCAUCAUCCAGGCCUGCAGAGGAGAUUCGGGAGGACAUACCAUCGUCAGCGACAGCGUGAUGUCCGACGAGGCGUCGCACCGACCAGCCUCUCCUACAGGCGGCCUUGUUGCAGACUCCAUUCGCUACGUUCACAAGGAGAAGGACUUCAUCUCCCUCCUGUCAAGCACGCCUGAUACCGUCUCAUACAGAAGAGAGGAUUCGGGCUCCUUCCUGAUUCAGUACAUUGUUGAAGUCUUCAACACCUGCUCCCAUGAGGACGACAUCGACGAACUUUUCAGAAAAGUCAUGCAGCGCUUCGAAGACUUUCCUGAUGAAAAAAUGAGACAAAUGCCAACAAAAGACAGAUGCACUCUAACCAGGCGCUUCUACCUUUUCCCUGGCUACUGAGACAACAGUGUUUGAUAAAUCCAUCUGUUGUUACUUACUUACUUUUCUUUUUUUAAUGUUUUGUCUGUGAAUGUAAUAGUGGUGCCGUAAGGCUGAUAUCUACCUAGUAGUUUGUACUUAAACUGGAAAUUAGCCCCAUUUUUAUUUUACAGAGGAAAUUAUGAGCUUGACUUCACUGUCCUGGAUAUAU